UCAUUAGUAGUUGAGGGGGGGAGCAAGCACAAAUAGAGUACUGCAACUGCCUCUCUCUCUCUAACUGUCUACUGUUUAUAUUAUAAGCUUUAUAAGAACAUGUUUCUUUCUCUCUCCAUUACUGGGGGUGAUUUGAUUUCCUCAUCUCUCUCCAUUACUGGGGUGAUUUUCUUCUCUCUCUAUUACUGGGGUGCUUAGAGUUUACUGUUUAGUAAAGGAAAGGGGGAAAUGACGAAGGUGAAGAAGAGAAAGGAAGAGAUUGCAGAGGAUGUCUGCUUCCUCUGCAAAGAUGGUGGGGUGCUCUUAGUUUGUGACUACUCGGCUUGUCUCAAAGGGUACCAUACUAAUUGCGUCGGAAAAUCACCGGAUUUUUUGGAGGGGAAUGAACAGUGGCAUUGUGGCUGGCAUUUCUGCUACUUAUGCAAGAGAAGUUCGAGUUUCCAAUGUUUUUGCUGCCCCUUUUCUGUAUGUGAUGGCUGUUUUAACGAGACAAACUUUGUGCCUGUCAAGAAAAAAAGAGGGUUUUGUGAUUACUGCCUAAAGCUUGCUCUUAUGAUAGAAGAAGACUUAGACGCUGACUCAGAUGGGGGCAAAGUGGACUUCAAUGACACAGAAACUUAUGAGUAUUUAUUCAAGGAUUAUUGGGUUGGUUUAAAGCAGAAAGAGAACAUAAUUUUGGAGAAUUUGCAGGCGGCAUAUGACCGUUUAAAGAAGUCUAAGUUCAUAAUGGAUGGAAAAUAUUCGAAGGACAUGCUACUUAAAAAUCGAGGAGAAGAAGACAAGGAAUAUAAAUUAGACCUAGAAAGUGAUGGGUUAUCAAUGGAAGAGAAAACCAAGAGGAAGAAGAUGGCACCUAACUCUAAGAAAUAUGGAAAGAAAUGCAAGUCUGGUAAAAUGGUGUUCAUUGGUUGGGGCUCAAAGGAACUCAUUAGCUUUCUUAAAUCUAUUGGCAAGGAUACUGAAAAACCCUUAGAUCACGUGAAAGUCUAUGAAAUAGUUAGGGAAUAUAUUCACGAAAACAAACUUGUGAAACCCAACAAAAAGAGUAGGAUAUUAUGCGAUACAAGGUUGCGUUCUCUUCUUGGUAAAAAGUCACUCCACCGUCUGAGACUCUGCGACUCUCUAGAGCGUCACCUUGCUGCAAGUCAGAAAGAGGAGUCAAGCUCGGAAACAUCUUCUGAUGAAGAUAAUCCUGCUGCUAGUAGUAAGAGAAAACGCCUCUCAGAUUCUUGCCAUGAAACCAGAAGGCCAGGAAAGAAUGCUGAUGAGGAUCUGGAAAUACCUAAAGGUGUUUAUGCUCGUGUUUCAGUAAAAAAUAUCAAAUAUAUUUAUUUGAGGAGGAGUUUACUCGAGAAGUUCUAUGACAACCUUGAGACAUUUGAAAGUAAAGUUGUUGGGUGUUUUGUACGGGUCAAGAGUGAUGGCAAAGAGAAAAGGAAUAACUAUGAACUUGUGCAAGUUGUUGGCAUAAAAAGGUCCUUGGACGAUCUAAAAGUGGGGAUGACCAGUAAAGACAUUGUCCUGAAGGUGUCUAAUUCAGAGAAGGAUGUUCCCAUUUCCCUGAUAUCAGAUGACGAAUUUUCUGAGGAAGAGUGUGAAGAACUGCGCCAGAGCAUGAAAAAGGGUCUUCUCAAGAGGCCAACUGUGGAAGAACUUCAAAGAAAGGCUGAGGUUCUACAUGAGGAAAUAACCAUUCAUGGAAUUGGUAAAGAGAUUGAAAUGCUCAAGAGAAUAAUUGCUAGAGCUAAAGAAAAAGGGUGGCGCAGGGAGCUCUUGGAGUGCAUUGACAGAGUGCAGCAGCUUUCAUCUCCUGAAGAGCAGAAGCGACAGCUGAGAGAGACCCCUAAUAUUGUUGCAGAUGCAGAAAUGGACUUUGAAGUUGUGCCAGUUGAUCGACAAGGAGACAAUCAAAACUCUGUUGAAGUAGAGAAGGUGGCCCCUGGAACUGAAGCUCCCGAAAAUGCGGAGCCCAAACCAAAUCAGGAAGCUGACCCCGAAAACCCGAACCAUGAUGAGAAAGAAAAUGUUAAAACAAAUAGCGAAGAACCAAAGUCAGUAGAACAAGCACCUUCGAGUAAUAUCAUAGAUGUAGAAUCCAAAGAAGACUAUGAUGGAACUGAGGAAGAAGUAUGGCAUUACGAAGCCCCAAAAGGAACAGUUCAGGGCCCAUUUUCUCUCUCAUUGAUGAGAACAUGGAGUGAGAAAAAUCUUUUGCCAUUAGACUUGAAGGUUUGGAGGACCGAUCAGUCACCGGGAGAUGCCGUCUUACUAACCUGUAUGCUGUACCAGAAACCGGUACCCGAGAUAAUUGAGAUCGACUGAUAAUUGCAAUUUGAUAAUUUUUUUGUGUAGAAAACUUGGAAAUUUCGUAUUCCUGCAUAAACAGUGAAGAUCUUUUUUCGGAUUUGGUAUCAUGAGACAAUGGUGCUGUACUUGGGAAUGGGAAAUUUUGUGAUAUUAGCUAUUUGCCUUUUUGCCA